CGGGUUUGAAAAUCUUAACAUGUAGACAAAUAACAUUCGCAUUUUUGACGCUACAUGUGUUAUUUUCCUAUUAACUACAGACUAUGGUCAAAACUGAAGAAACAACAACCAUGGCUGCCGGCUGGAACGAACUGUUUGAAAGAAGCCGGGUGGUUCCUCCGCCCUGCCAGACAGUCCGCCUGGCUGUGGAGAGCCACCUCACCGAGUCCCACGGCUUCCAGCUCAGCCUCAGCCGGCUCACUGCUGCUCACCUCCAACAGGAGAAGUCAGAGGGGGAACAAGAUGUGACCUACCAGCUGCGAGUGACCCUUUUUGAUAGAAACCAUCAGCAAUUCUUUGGGAAAACUUGGAAGAGCUCACCCCAGAAGAUGAAAACUACCAAAAUCUCCUUCAACGAGGUCCUGUACUUCCAUACGUCUCUGCGGCUGCUCAGCACGGUGGUGGUUCUGGAGCUGGUGUCAUUGUCACCCAGGCCAGACGGCUCCCAGCAGGCACUGGGGCGAGGCUUCACUGUCCUGGAGCUUUUCACCAACAGGCCAGAGGCUCAGGCUGCUGAUGGGGACAGAAGGCUCAAUCUACACCAUGGAUCCCCAAGAAGCCUCCUACACUCCCUUCUGAAGGACACUGUUGAGUACAGCAGUCUCCUGAAGACUAUAGACGGAGCACAUUUCGAAUAUGUGUUAAAAAACCACCAGGCGUUGGUUUCCGUGAUGCACCUCCUUCCAGAGAAUGUCCUUAUAUCUGGAAAUGAGAACAUUCCAGGGCUUGCAACUUCUCCAACAGGGGACGCUCUGCUGAGGCCUCAGCUGCUCAAGAUGCUGCCCUUCACCCUGAACAAACUGACCAUCUCCCUCCAGCCGUCCCUGGAAAAGUUUGAGAGCCAGCUGCUGCAGCUGAUCAAUGCUGACUGCCACAACACAAAACAGGGUCCAGAGGGUACACUGAGGGCUGUUGUCAUCCAGGAAAGGAGGCUCCAUGUCGGGGUCCACAAUGGCUGGUGUUUCUUGGACAAGCCCCAAGUGGUGGUGCUGGAGCCUCUAGCCAGAAGCCGAUCAGACAGCAGCUCCAAACAGAGCAGCCUGGUGAAGGACAGUAACGCAACGUCCAUUGUCCCUCAGAUGCUGGGCCUUCGCAGCAGCUUGGAGCUCAAACUGACAAAUCAUCAAGCUCUCGCAAUCGUCUUCCAGCUGGAGUUCGUAUUCUCUGCUCCAAUUGGCCGAGAGACAAUGCUGUCUGCCACCUCCACAUCCCGAGCGGCCUUCUUGCAGUGCGUUCGUUGGGGGAUCUGGUUCCCCUUCCAGGAGCCGGCUGACUGGAAAGGGGAAGAAAUACAGAUUGUUCUGCGAGGAGGUGCAAAACCAAACCCUCACGGAGUCAUGGUCUACAGCACAGAGAUGUCUGCCAAAACCCAGAGUCCUGUCACCCUCUCGCCUCCAGGCAGUGCUCAGGAGGGGAAGGAUACCAUAACGUUUCGGCUGUCGUCCAGUCUGGAGAGGAAGGCCUCCAGCCCAAAGGCAUCUCUGAGGACAAAGCAGGAGGAAGUGUCACGUCAGAGAAGAUCACCUUCAUCACCUUUGAGGGGUCAAAGAAAUAUUCCGCCAGCUUCUCCUCCAGAUUCUCCUCAAGGCCCCGGGCUCUCGCUGUCUCAGCUGGCAGCUACUUCACGCUACCCGACCAUCAGCCACUCCAGCUCGGCGUUGCCGUGGCAACAGUCGUUUCCCUCUCUGCUCCAUCCCUCCCCACUGGCAUCGGCCCACCAGCUGUCACAUGUCGCCUGCUCAGGUGUCAGCAACAUCGCCCACCUGGAGAUGGACCUCCAGCGGGAAGGAGGCGCGUCACCUUUGGCUCCAGACGAAGGAGCGCAACUUCAGGAGCUGCCCUUCACCCCUGUCCAUGCCCCUGUCAUCACACUGGGGAUGAAUGUACCCAGCUCCUGCUCAGCCAGCUCCAGGAGCGCACUGGCCCACCUCUACUCAGCUGGCUUCCCCAACAUCGUUGACUCUGAUGGGCAGGUGGCUGAAGUCCUGGACCCCACAGAGCCUGUGACCUUUGACCCCAGACGGGAAGAGAUUGACCCUCUACAAGGCAAUCUGCUGGUGUUCCAGUUCCUGGCGUUUACCAGAAUACCGACGGCGGGUGUUGGUCCUGAUUGGCCUGACAACAUCUACUUCACCUUCCAGUUCUAUCGCUUUCCACCAGUCACAUCACAGCAGCUGAAACUGCUCAUCAGCGACAAUGUGCAACAGAAAGCCAGCUUUCCACUUCCCUGCGUCCUGGCCUCCAUCAGCAAAGACGGCACUGUCAACUCCGGUUCCCCGGGCCUGCAGGUGCAGUUCAAAGUAGAUGAAAGUUUCCUAAGGCAAGGAGAGAAGCGCUGGUUCCUGCGCUACCUGGCCCUCCACACCAUGCACAUCGACAUCUGGGACAGCGACUCACUGCUCCUCAUAGGUUCUACCGCCAUCGAGCUCAAGUUCAUGUUGCGUCAGGGCAGAUCGGCAGUGCAGGCCCUUCAGGAGGUGGAGGUGCUGACCACAGAUUAUGUAGUGGAGGACAUCCUGCUGACAAGCGCUGAUCCGGGCCAACGGACCACCAUCAGCCCCAUGACAGUCCAGACCAUCAUCAGGGGGCGGCUGCACGUACGCACUGGAAACAUAGGCUGCCCUGUAGAUCCCAGCAAGAGGAAGGCAGCAGACGUGAUGCCGUCCCAUCCUCACAUCAUCACGCCUUGCGUAGUCACCGGUGGCUUCAGAGGAGGAAGCCUGUCGUCGAGAAAUACCCUCCGACUCAAUGCGAGGAAUGCUGCGCAAGCACACAGACUGGAGAUGGAUGGGGAUAGCGAGCCGUUGUUCGGACGCGGGAUCGGAUCGGACUCCUUUGUGCCCGCAGACCACAACCUCAGCGAGGCCGACGGUGUGCGCCGCAAGCUCGACUGCAUGGCCGCCGUCCAUCAACGGGAGGGCAAGGAAGAGGCGGAGGUCACGGGUCGGACUAAGGAAGCAGGGUUGGCCAGAGGACUUAAUAAGAUGAAACCCAGCGAACAGCACAGCAAGGCAGAGUGUAUCGCCAACAUGCUGAGCCAGGCCAUUACUACCCAGCACCUGCUCUACGCCAGCCUGGGCUCUGCUGAGUACACAGAGUUCGUCCUUAGAAAUCCCUUUAACACACCUCAGACCGUCACAGUUCACAUUGACGACCCUGAGUUCAGUGUCAUCACUGAUACAGAGGAGUGGGGUUACUUCAAAGCACUAACCAAAACUCCAACCCGGCUGGAGGAGAACAUGUUCCACUUGGAGGAAGGUGCUCCAGGUCCCAGGGUUUACCUCCGGCCCAAGGAGAGCCUCCAUAUUCCCCUGAAAUAUCAGAGCUUCAUCUGCGACCACACCAUGGCUCUACAGGGACCAAGCUUUCUUCCUACAGGCAAAGGUUCUCAGCUGGCCAAGAAGAAUCUGUCCAAUAUUGUCGCCGCCAAGACGAUCAAGGUAACGUUCAAAGCAGAAGACGGCAAGCCCAUGGCCAUCUGCCAGGUGAACGUGGAGCCGACCCCUCACGUCGUCGACCAGACUUUCCGCCUCUACCACCCCGAGCUCUGUUUCCUCAAAAAAGCCAUCCGCCUGCCGCCCUGGCAUGACCCCUCAGUUGCAGAUGUCAGUCACAUUUCCGUGCGUUGCAGUGACCCUAACAUCAUCUGCCAGACGAGGAUGCUGGUGCCAGGGGAGCCUCAGGAUGUGUACUUGAAAGUGCCAGGGAGUCCCAGUCCACUCAUAAAAAUGUUCUUUGUGAUGGUUUUUACUGAUAAGUGGAUGGCAGCUCCCUCCCAGAUCUGGCAGAUUUACGUGCAUUUCCUGGAGCGGGUGGAUGUCAGCUGUGUGAGUGGCCAGCGGAGCUGUCAAUCACUGGUGCUGAGGGGGAAGCAGGCUGUACGCAAGGUCAAGUGCUUUUCGUCCCACCCACAGGAGAUAGAGGUGGACCCAGAGGCGGUGUUCGUUCUGCCUCCCGCCGCCGUGCAGGAGCUCCAGCUGAAGGUGCAGCCGUGGCGCGCAGGAAGCCGCUUCCUGUAUGUGAACGCGGUGGAUGUGGAGAACCGGCGGCUUGUGGCGUCCUGGCUGCUCUGUCUCAACGUCCACCGGCCUGUCCUGUCCAAGGCAUUUGAAGUGUGUGUCCCAGUGGGCAGUGGGCGUGGCAGCUCCAGGAAAAUCACCUACACCAACCCCUACACCAGCAGCCGCUCGUUCCUGCUCCGCUCGGACCAUCCUGACCUGCUGCAGUUCAAAGAGGAUAAAUUCCAAAUCGGCGGGGGGGAGAGUUACACCAUCGGACUACGAUUCGCUCCCAGCCAGAGUCCCGGCUCUGUGGAGAUCCUGGUCUACGUGAACAACCUGCAGGAGAGGACGGAGGAGACGUUCUGUGUGAAGGUCAACUACUCCUGACCUGAAGAUGUUGGUUUCCUUCCUGGAAAGUGCUGACUCAUUUGUCUUUGAAUCUAUUUUCUGAGUGUGAAAUAAACUCAAAUGAGCUGUACAUGUCCAAACUUUCCUAAUUUUGUAUUGAUUUAUUAAAGACAGAAAUAAACUAAUGUUAUCACG